CCCAGGGCCUCUCCCGCGAGAGCCUUGCCCCGCCGACGCCAGCUGCGGGGGUGAGCUGCGCCAGCUGGGCGCUGCCGCUGCACCCAAUGGCCCGCGGCGUCGUGGGCAAGACUGGCCACUGCGACGACAGCGCGGUGAUCGACCGGGCUCCGCUCUGGCCGACUGGACGCACUGCGCUGCGCGACGCCGCAGGGCACGUCGAUGUGGGUGGAACAUCGCGCUCAAUGGUUGUCACCUGGCACUUCCGGGCGGCCUGCAGGGUGCUGGAGCUCUCGGCGCCGAGGCCGCGCCUCUACAAUCUCCAGCGCGGAGGGGCCUCGGACGACCUCCUGUCGGGGCGGCGGGGCCUAGGCGACGCCGCGGCAAGGAUGGGGGCCCCGCUGGACGAGAUGGCGAGGGCCAUUUCGGGCGUCUUCGCGUUCGGGGCGCUGGUCGAGGCCAACUUCGCGGCCCCGCUCGAUCACGGCUUCGAGAUGCUGGGGCUAUGCCGCCAGUUUCCCGCCGCAGCGCCGCCGCCCCUCGGCCCCGCGCCCGCGUCG